AUGGAUAUCUUUGCAGAAUGUACAGAUUGUACCAACAUCGUCUGUCCAAAAGGAUUUUGUGGAGAAGGAUGUCUAAAUAUAUGUGAAUGUACAUCUCAUGCUCAUUGUCACCAUCAACAAUGCUGUGUGUGUAACAAGGGAUUCACUGGACAAUCAUGCGACACACCUUGCGUGGAAGGAUAUUUCGGAGAAGGUUGUAUACACACUUGUUUGUGCUCAAAUCAUUCAACUUGUGACCGGUUUACAGGAACAUGUUUAUGUGAUGACGGAUGGACAGGUGAUACAUGUGCAGAAGCAACGUAUUUGAAUAUCACAUGCGCACCGAACUGUAAUUGUCUAGAUGCAAGAUGUUCUAAUAAUGGAAGUCAUUUAAGCAAUCCAACAACAACAGACUCCCAACUUUCAUCAGACGCAGACGCUAGUCAGCAAAAAAUGGAAAAGGACAAUUUCAUCCUAUUUCUAUUCAUUGUAUUAUGCUUAAUGAUAGCCUUCAUAUUGGUUGUUAUAUUUAUCUCAACGAAAUGUAAAAAGAAAUACUGUGCAGUUGAAGCGAAAUCAAGAGAUACAACUUGCCAUGUGUAUGAACUAUCAUGGUAGACAUAAACUAUUAAAAAAACUAGGGCAAACGUCAAUUAGAAAAUUAUAACGAGUGUGAUCUUUUUUUUCUUCAAAACUUUCAGUGUGCCUAUGUGUCAUUUUUCUUCUCAAGACUGUUCCGUAGAAUUGGAAAAGGUAUUUUCGAAAAUAAAAUACAUUAUAGUAGAGUGACAUAUCAAGAAAGGGUUGCUUAUUGAAUAUUCUAAGAGUAAAAUUACCCGACAUAACUCCAUUGAUAAUGAGUUAAUACUUGUGUUAGUUGCUACUAUUUUUUCAAUUAACUUGCAGUUUCUACUAGAAGUCUGUAGUGUCUUUUUUUGUUAUUAAGGAUGAGUUUUUAUUAAUACACUGCCAUGUCCGGUCUAUGUUUUUGUUUGAUAUAUUUUUGCAUUGCAUAAAUCUGAUUAGUUUGCUUUUUCAACACAGUUUAAUUGUCUGUUCUAUGUUUUGCUUAUCGCCACUGCCCCGGGAUAUGGAAAGGUUGAACGCUUACAAAAAUUUCUAAAAACGAAAAAACGAAAACAUGAAAAAUACCGAACUCUAAAUGGCACAAUCAAAAGCUAAAAAAAGCUAAAACACAUCAAACAAAUUGAUAACUGACUUUGUACUGGACUAUGUCUUGUGUAGAAAAAAAGGUGAAUUAAACCUAGUUUUAUAACAAGCUAAACUUUUCUCUUGUUUGACUGUCAAAUGUAAUUUGCAUCAUAAUGAAGAAAGUAUGUUAACAAAACCAACAGAUAUUAUAGGUAAAAAUGAUAAAUAUUAGGGGUGCAGCAGUGAACAUUGUGUUAAGUCUUACCAAUAUGUCAAAAAAGAAAAAAACAAAAACGCACAUUGGCCAUAGCACAGUAACAAAAUGACGGUGUGUAAUAGAAAUGAGCAACGUCAAAUGGACAGUAUCAAAAAGUGACUUAACUAGGUUUUACUCUUUCUCUUUGACACAUUACUUAUUCCAUUUUAUAGUAACAGUUAUUAUCUACAAAGACAAAUAAAAGAAUACCAUAAAAAGUA